AAAAGGAAAAAAAAAGGUAAAAGAAAAAGAAACGAGGUAAACAAAUAGUUUGUUAAAUAUAUCAUUCGAUGGAAUAAUAUGCAAUGUAUGUAGUUUAGCCGAUGGAGGUCGAAGAGGAAAGAAGCUCGAAGUAGAGGUUCAAUAUUUACAUCGACGAGAUGGAUCUAUUACCGGAUUAGUCGACCCCCGUGGCUUUUUAAUUAUGUAAGCUCGAAUAGAUCGAGACAUCUGCUACCCCAUAGAAAAGCAUACACGCUUGCCGAAAGAUCUCCCCCUUCCUCCCUCCUCCUUCCUUUUUUUCGAGUGAUGUAUACCGGGAGUAUCAAUUACAUUGUUAUUACCGUCGGCUGUUCCAAAGAUGUGGUCGCAAGAUAAUGCACUGUUAUAAGAGCAUGCACACAAAAGAGGGGCAGGUACAGCGUUAAACCGCCACUAUUACUGGAACCAAUGCAAGAGUUCCCUAUGCGAGGAAAACGAUAGCCAUCGGUUCUUGUGCAACUAUGCGUCUAAUUUGGAUUUGCUACAAAAUGGAUAUUCCUUAGCGCAAAAAAAAAGGUGGGGUGAGAUCUAUACGCUCACAUGUAUAUAUAAAGCAACGAAGGGCGAAGCCCUACGAUAUUUUCUUUACUAUCCGUGUUCUCUCUCUCUAUCGGGAUGAACUCGUUACAGAGAUCACGCUCCGAAAAGAGUGAUUUUAGUAUAGCACGAAUUUUGUCUGAAGAUAAUGAUAAAGAUAUCGUAAACUCGCAGGAUUCAUAUAAUCGUGUUAACAUCGUUCAUCAAUUUCAUCAAGUUGAAGACGUAACAGAAACUAUCGUUCAUCACGAGAAUGUUAUAAAAGUGUCGAAUCUCGAAAGCACGUGUCAUUUCAAUUCAAAGCUAUGUCAACGAAGGAUGAACGAUCAAAACUCGUUAGGAGACAGGAUGAUAAAUGAAGAUGGUACAAAUGAAAUACAGGAAACUGCGCAGUCGCGUUCGAUCAAUGCGUACGAAGACGUUAAAAAACACGAGAUCGCUGCAUCUUACGAAGAAACUCAUAGAAACGAACUGGCUUGGUUACAAUACACGAGAUACAAACCACCGAAAUUACCUAGAAGAAACUUAAUAGGGAAAAAUGCUAAAAGACGUCCCGGAGUACAUCCACGGAUACCUUUUUCUUCAUUUCAACUUCAAGUUCUCGAGGAAAGGUACAAGAAAAAUGCUUAUUUAUCAAGGAGAGACGCGCUUGAUAUAUCAACGUCAUUGAGACUUCCUCAAAGUAGAGUGAAGAUCUGGUUUCAAAAUCGUCGUGCACGGGAUAGACGAGAAUCAAACAAUGUUAUGGUAGUUACGUAAGAAAACGUAAAAGCGAUAAAAUGCAAUAAUUAUGAUGCGAGGAAGAAUAAUAGAGAGAUAAAAGUCAAUUAAUAUAUUGUUGUUUACAUGAACGAUCUAAAUUGCGUGGAUAAUAACAAUCGCGUAUAUAAAAGUCCGUAAUAUCUUUGCGAGUAGAAUUAUUAUGUUAAGGGUGUCGAUUAAUUUUAUUAACUUUUUCAUUUGUAUUUUUUAUAUUGACCCCGAAAGUAUUUAAAAAAAGUAUUUAUUUAACAUCACGUUAAUACAAAACGAGAAAUAUAAUGGUACAUAUAUUCUUUAAUUUUUUUUCUUACUUCUUUGUAUUUUAUUUCUGUAUAAGUUUGUACCUGUAUACUUUUAUUGGUCCGUGCGAUGUAACACGCCAUCCUUAUAACAUCGUUUCUCUUAUUACAGAAUAUUUUAUUACAUACUACAAUAUAAUAAGGAUAAUAUCUUUUACUAUAUUACAUAUAUACUAUAAAUAAAAUCGGAUCAUUUAUUUAAAUAGAUACUUAACUUACUUAAGUUUACAUAAAAUGUGUAUUCUAUAACUUAUAACAAAUUGAUUGUAUUAUAUCAAACUGAAGUUCUAGAAUAAUCAAUUCUGAUGAAAUUUC